AUCGUUGAAGUUGAAAUUUGUAGAAAAUUUAUGAAAACGCACGGUCAAACGCGCGAUAUACGGUUUCGCAGAUAUUAAGCAAAUUUAAAAAAUCAAUAAAGAAAGAAACAACAUUAAAUGAAAAAUUUGAUGAGAAAACUGGAUGAAUGCUAAGUAUAAUACGUACAGCGUGAUAAUGUUUUAGCAGUGUCCGUUUUGAAGAAAUAUUACAAAUUAAGAGAAAAAACAAUAAUGUACUAAAAUAUUUUUAAGUGUCACGAAGUAGCAGCACAAGUUAAAAAAUAUCAGCAAAAGGUAUAUGCAGCAACAGCAGUGGCUUAAAAAAUUUAUUAAGCAAAAGCCAACGCACAACCAACUGGAAUUGUGAAACAAUUAAUUUAGCUUGCGAAACAAAAAGUGAUAAAUUAAAAAAAAAAAAAAACACAAAAACCAAAAAUUUCGUGGCGUGUGUUGAGUUGAAAUAUCCGUACGGCGCAAGAAAAAACUGAACAGCAGACGUUCAAAAACAACAAUAACAAUAAACGCGUUUGCGAGUUGUGCAUAAAUUUGAAAACAAGAAAUCGAAAAGCUAAAGAAACAAUUAGUAACAAAUAAACGAAAUCCCCUUAAGGCGGCAAAAAGCAGAAGAGGUUUAAGUGAUUGGUUAUUAAGAGAAGUGAGCAGUAACAAAUUGAAAAAAAAAAUUGUAUUUAACCAAAUACUCAACCAAAGAAGAAGCGAGUUUUAGACAAUUAUUCAUUCACACACAAGAACUUUAGAUAAACGUUCAUUCUGUGUGCAAGUUCUUCAAAAACUACAAAAAAAUUGACCAAUACAAAUAUUUAUCAUAUGGAAACCAAUAAAAAGUAUCUCUAGUGGCUUUAAGUGCUGAAAAAAGUGUAAAGUUAAAAUUUAAAAAAGAAACUGAAAAAAAAAAUUCUGAGUGGAACACUAAAAACAGCAGUGAGGCACAAAAGCAAAGAACAACUUUGAUACUUGGCCAAAAAGUGGCAGUGACUAAGCGAAAAGCGGUAAGGUAGCGAAAACUUUCCGCAAUAAAAAAGCAAAGAAAGUGAAAGAAAGCAAACGUCCGCGCCCCAUGCACGCCAGUUAGCCUACAAAUAAGGCAAUUUCAAGGGAGCGCCGAUGCGUGAAAAUUCGCAAAGCGAAAAAAAGUCACUCAAACACAUAAAGAGUAGCAAACCGUUUAACUGAAUGGAGUGAACAUUUGCCCCCAACUAGAAACUAAAAAAGAUUAUUCCGCGCAUUUGCAUGUCUAACGUAAUGUUUGCUGUGACCACACCUCUUCUCCUACAAUACAACACACAAACGCUGACUAAAUACUGAGCAGCAAAAGAAGAAAAAAUACCCGAAAAAAGUAGAAAAAUAGUCGAAUAAGUGUUACUAAGCACAAAGCCCUUUAACAAACAAACGCGCGCGUGCGUUCACUUUGUUGUUGUGUUUUUUUUUCGAAUUUGCUUUUGCACCAAUGCCGCGCAAUCUACUUCCGCACAUAACGAUUACAUCAUUGAAGCAUCAGCAUCAGCGACAGCAAAAACAAAAGCAAAAUCAACAAAAGCAAAAACAACAAAAUCAAGUAACAAGUUUCGCUUACACAUUACACUUUGUAAGUAGCUGAGUACUAUUGCAACAACAACAAAUAACAACAUUAACAUCAACGUGUAUGUUAAUUUCUCACACCCGCCACUGCAUCGAAUAAUGGCCAUAGAUUUUCUCAUACUCGCCCUACUGCUAUUCUCGUUUGUCAUCAAUUUGCUGGCUUUGGGCGCUUUCUGGGUAACACCAGGUUUGCGCACCACCGCCAAUCGUUUCACCAUCAACUUGCUUAUUAUCAAUCUAAUCGGUUGCCUCAUACUCGCCCCAACGCUAUUCCUUAGCCAAGCAUCGCAUAGCGCACGCGAAGAAGAAGAUGUCGCUAACUCAUCAUCAGCAGCAACAUUAUCCGCUAGCCUCUCACUCGCCGCUUCGGCCAGCGACGACCGCAUCGAGAUACUCGCCAAGCCCGGUAAUCGUCAGAUGACGAUCAAACACAAUGGCAAGCUGGUCGAGCAGGAGGGCGUAAUUGUGCGUCGCAAUUUGACGAGUUUGCGUGAUGGCGAACAGGAUCCACGUACAAUUGAGACGAUCUACAAGUGCAACUCCACGUACUGCCAAGAGCUGACGAUUGACGAAGGCACCGAUACGAUUGUGAUCACCGAGAUUGAGGAGGAGAAUCAUGCUGCCGAGGUGGCUAGCUCAACGCAUGCCGAUGUGGUCGCUUCGCUAAUGCCACGGCCACAUAUACGUUGCUGGUCUAUUGAUAUGGCCGCCGCUUUGGGCGCCCUUGGCGUGCUGCUUGUUGUGGGUGACACUUGGUGCGCUGUGACCGAUCCGCUGCGCUAUCAUACGCGCAUCUCCAGCCUAAAGACAUGGAUCUUUAUCGCGCUCACCUGGGUGGUUGGCAUACUAUUCGGCGCAUUAUCCGCAUUUCGGGAAAUCGAUUUCACCUCUACAACGGUGUUGCACGAGCAAAGGGGCUUUGUCGAGCUGAACAUGUCCUCAGCGAAUAACAUAUUCGGCAUGAGUUUCGCUUGCGUCUACUUCGUCAUUAUCAUCUUGUUGCCGUUUGGCUUCGUUUGUGGCAUGUACUGGCGCAUAUUUAGUGAGGCGCGUGAGAAUGGCUUGCGUAUGCGUCAGAAUGGUUCUUCGCCAUUAUUGCAGAGUGCACUCAACCUGACACACCACCAGCAGAGCUCAUCGCUGCAGUACGCGAAUAUGUGCGCGCACCGUAAUUCCGUGUCAUCAGCCUCGUCUAAUGGUGGGGGCAGCGCUUGCGAGCGUGGUGGCUUACAAAUGCAGAUCGAUCAACGCAAAAGUUCGCCUGUUGGCACGAGACGUGACUCCGCCGCUAAAGUACUUCUGCCUACGAUCUCCGAUGAUGGUCUAUCUGAUGAAGCCGCUCAGCUGGAGUCGGGUGAUUACAACGCCGAACCACUGGUGCCCCUCACGCAGCAACCCAACUAUGCCGACCGCAAUCAGAAUAUCCUGCUGACGCUGCAAGCUGCGAGUGGCGAGAUUAAGCGCAACUAUUCUGCGCGUCAGCUGCCAUUGCUUGGUACAUCGUCACAGGAUCUGCAGGAAUCAAGUGGUCUGCAAGGUGUGCGGCAGGUGCACUCUUCACCCAAUUUGCAUAAAUACACACAAGACGCGUUGGAGACGAAUUGCUCGCCACAUCUGCUGGGCCACCAGCAGCUGCAUCCACAAAACGUGCCCACCGUACGCCAUCAACAGUUUGCGCCACAAAGCGCAAAUCGUCAUCACUCGCAUGUACUGCAAAUUCCUUGCCUGUCACAUAGCUCACCCAAAGCACUUAGCUACAUGUCAACGUUGCGCCAUCGCCUGUCCAACGCAUCAUCACUCUUCAAGUAUCGCGAGGAGUCGCGUACUGUGCGCAUCAGCAUACUUGUGGUUAUCAUGUUCCUGGUCUCUUACCUGCCAUAUGGUUUCCUAGUGCUGUUACAGAGCCGCCUACCCAGUGCCAACUUUGAACAUUCCACGCAACUUGCCAUUUUCAUGCUGCUACUAGGCAAUCUCACCUCACCCUUCAUAUUUGCCUAUCGCAACAAGCGUGUACGACGUGGCGUGAAACGUCUUUUCGGCUUGGAAUCCCGCACACGCGAACGUUCCCUGCAACGGCAGAGCAGCUCUAGCGGACGCGGCAGUGGCUUCUUAAAUCGUCAUUGCGCAGGCACGCGUAACGGCGCCAAUAUGCGUCGCAACAUAAGCAAAGUAUCGACAUGUUCGCUCAACUCCUGCAAAUUCCUAACACCGCAAAGUUCGCUCAACAGCACGGCAGGACCACCGUCGGGGACGCCAAAUAGGCAUAGCAGUCCGGCGCGCAUACACGGACUGCGACCGAACAGCAGCUGCAGCACGAUCAUCAACUUUGGCGCGCCGCACACAACAAUAACAACGCAAGCCACAGAAGCUACCCAAACGACUGCAUCGCCAGCUGCGACUAAAAGCUGCAAUACCCAAAUACCGCUUAAAACAACACUUGUCACCAAUGGCAAUUCGCCGAAUGGCACAGCGCGCAUUACAGAGGCGCUGCCAGCGGCGAACGGCAAAUUUGCAGCCAAGCGUAGUCUCUUCAAGAUCUUCUUUCAGAGUUCGCGGAAUUUAGGCUGUGCAGCAGCGCAGUCCUGCGCGCAAGGCAAAGAGACUGACGUGGAGCCAGCAGACGUGUGAGGCGCACAAACUAGCCACAAGUGGCAUAGAGAAAGACAUAGAUCGCAGCGUCGCAGACAGCCAGUCAGCCAGCCGCCAGCUAGCUACUAUGCGCCAGCAUAGCCGGUGUUGAGGCACAAAGCAGUCUUGAAAGACAGCGUGCAGUCCAUACGCGGCCGGCAGCUGACAAAGCAGUAAUUCGAAUGCUACAAGCAGCCCCCACAUGGACACUACAAUAGCCAUUGUCAUCGUCAUCGUCAGUUUGCAGCUCGAGCAGUUUUGGAAGUGGUAAGCGCGUUUUAGAGAACCAAGCAAACCAAGUAAACCAGAAACCAGUCAGUAUUCAGUAUUCGAUUUUUAUGUGCUAAGUAAUAAAACUUAAGAGCGCUAGCAGUAAUUAUAGAUAUAGAUCUGUUAAGUAUCCAACCACAAUCACUUUGUUAGUGGGCGUUUAAGCUGUUUGCUGAAUUGCUGAAUUUGUAGCGUUUAUUCUUGCGCUAAGUGCUUAAGCAAGACAAAAAGUGCUUAAGCUUAGUAGAAGCAAAAAGUAAAGGGAGUUGUAAGAAAAAAUUAAUGUUUUGCAAAUAAGAAAGUCGGCUAACGCGGAUUAAACAAUUCAAAUAGAAAGAAAUAAUAGAACGUGGUUAUCAAAUAUGUAUCUAGUGUCAUGUUUGGCGGAGUAUUUGCAUAAAAAGUAAUAAGCAUACGAAAAAUACACUUGUACCUAUGCAUAUGCAUGUUUGUGUGUGUGUGUGUCGUGUAGUUUUGCAAAUUGAAAGUACCUCAAGUUGAUGUGAUGAAACCUGAAAAGCUAAAAAUUAAAUGUAUGUAUGUAGAGGAAAGGCACAGGUAUCGACUUACUUGAAUUAUUUUUUUAUUUUUUAUUUGUACAAGUGAAAGUGACUUAAAGAUAUGUUGAAAGAAAUUAGCAAAAAUAUUGUAUAUAAAAUUAUAUUAUAAGCUAAAAGCUUGCAAAAUUUAUAUGAA